GCGGCGGGAGCGGACCGAGGGUGGGUAGCGGGCACAAGGCGGGACCCCCACCUCCCGGACAUUCAUCCCCUCUUGUUGGUCUAAAUCCAGCCGGCGGCGGUGAUUUGUUUGUUUGUUUGUUUGUUUGUUUACUUGGGGCAGAGGGUGUCGCUUCCCCCCACCCCAAAGCGCCCUCGCCACCCGGGAAGCCAUGGAGUUCAAGGUUGAGGCGCACCGCAUCAUGACCAUCUCCCUGGGCAAGAUCUACUCGUCCCGGGUGCAGAGGGGCGGCAUCAAGCUGCACAAGAACCUGCUGGUGUCCCUGGUGCUGAGGAGCGCCCGUGAGGUCUACCUGAGCGAGCAGGAGGAGCUCUCCCUACAGCAGCAGCAACAGCCGCCCGAGGAGAUGCAAACUCCGCACAGCUGGGCUUCCAGGAGGAGACUCUGCGACUCGUCCGCCCGCGGGCAGCCUCCCCCCGGCUGGGCCGAGGGGCCAAGGAGCGAGCCCGAGCCUCGGCUCCCCGCUUGGACUGACGGCGACCGAGCCGCGGACAGGGUGCAACUUCGCGGCUGGCCCGACUCUGACUCUCCCAAGACCGAGCCCUCCGAGGGCCGGCUUGCAGCGGGCAGGGCUCCUUGCCAGGGGCCGGAAGCGGGCAGCGGCAACACCGGAGAGCAAGGGGCCCGCUGCCCGUCCCGGACGGUCGGCGAGCCGGCACCGAGUUGCCCGUGCGCCCGCAAGAGGAGGAGCGCCGAGCCCGGGGCGACCGAACCCGCUAGCCCGCUGAAAAGGGCCAGGACUGAGCAGGAGCCGGCAGUGCCCCCUAAGGCCGCCCGCAUCCCCCUUCAAGAGGAGGAAGAGGAGAUGGAGACCUCCCCUAACGUCUCUAGUCUCAUCACCGUCUUCGGGUCCAGUUUCUCCGGGCUCCUGACCAAGGAAGGCAGUGAAGGGGAGAGUGGCCAGGUCUGCUGCGAUCAAGUACUGGGCAGUAUGGGUUCCUGGAGCAGGGCGAUUGUCGCCUUUUGAGAAACACCUCGACUCCCUUCUCUUCUGACUGAUGAGAGAGACCAGGACUGGGUUCAGUUGGUUCUCAUUUCCUCCUUUCUUUUUGGAGGGAGGGAAUAGCUGGGUUUGAAAUGUUCGUUUCCCCCAGUAGGAGCGCCUCUACAACCACGUGGAGAGCAGCCUCCCUCUCCCACCCACAGUGAGGAAGUGUAGAGGACCAGGCGUGUUCUGAGCUGCUGGGCUUCUUGGGAGGGGUUACACUUUCCAUUUGACUGUGGGGGAGGGCUUUGUCUUACCGCCAACCCCCCCCCUCUUUUAAAAGUUUAAUUUUCAGUUUAAAACGUGUCAUUUUUCCCCUCGGCCUGAUCCAAGCUUCAUUGGAAGGCAGCAAGACUUGUGAAUUGUUUGUAUACAGUUUAACUUCAUACAUGUCUCCACUGCCUUUUUUAUAUAAAACUCAAAUGUCGCUGAGGUCGAUAUCGAAUCACUUCUUCCCCCCCCCCCCCCCGUUGCCUCCCACGGCACUGAGUUGGGCACGUUUCUGUACUUAAAAGUUGUCUUUGUUCUAUAAAGACUUUGGAAAAUGUGUUGGAUUAUUCACUGCUUUUUUUUUGGCUGUAGUACUAUUUGUUUAUAUGAAUGGUGUAAUUUACACGAAUUAAAGGUUAUUUAACUUAA